UUAUUAUUGGUGCCAGUUCUGAUUUUCUUUUUUACCUACUUCUGAAGUCAAACAUGAAAAAGAACUGUAUGAUGAUCAAUCCCAAGUCCAGCCUGGGGUCACUGAAAAUCCAGUGACAUUAUCAGUUGUUUUUGACAACACCAGAGUUGAGAACGGCUUAAUUUCCCGGCACCUCCUUUGAUUAUCGAGUGGCUCCCAUCAUCCCGAAAUGCGGUACUAGCAAUUUGGCUCUGUCCUUUUUCCAUUUGCGUGCAGAGGCACCGCUCUCCCAAGAACUGUCGUAACAACAACAACAACCAAAAUCUAUAAAAACAAGUUAGAAGUUUACUCAUUUAUUAUGCUUCUUAUAGAUUAUUCUGCAGGGUGAAAAAAAUGCAUGAAAAGAUUUUCCUCAUAGGCUGACGACAGGUUCCUGCACGCUUAGGUACUGUUUCGACACACCAUUUAAAGUGUAGCUGCAGGAGGUGACCCGGUGCAGUAGAUGGCACCCUAUCCUUCGAUUUCCCACUUAAGCUAUCACUAAAGCCCCAGAACGGGUACAGUUACGGGAUCCGCCACUGAAGCGGAUUCGGGCAGCGCGGAGGUACCUGCCGUCCCGGAGGGCGGGCAGGACAGCGCCGGCCUUUUGGUAUUUUCUGGAGGGGCCCUGCCCGCCCCGCCCCGAGCGGUCCCUUCGCCGGCCGGCCUCUCAGCUCCGCGCCUUCCCGCCGCCUUUUUGUUUCCUAUUCAUUCCCUAUUUUAUUUAUUUCGCGUAAGCCACCGCCGUUCCUAACGAGCCGUCAGCCGCGGGAAGGGGCGCUCCGCAGCGGCGGGCGGGCGGGCGGCGGCGGUCCCCCGCAGCCCCUCACCCGGGGGGCGGUGGCGGUGGCGGGGGUGUGCGGGCGGUGCCCCCCCUGCGGGGCAGGGCGGCGGGCGGGGCCCGGCGCGGUGCGGCGCGGCGCGGCGCGGCGCGGCGGGGCGGGCGGCGGCGGCGGUGUUAAGGGCCGGGGCGGCCGCACUUGUUGCGGGUCGGCGGCGCUGGCUGCGGGUCGGCGGGGCAUGCCCCGGGGCUAGCGCGGAGAGGGGCGCCAGCGGGAGCGGCCGCCGCCAUGGGGCGGUACUCGGGGAAGACGUGCCGCCUCAUCUUCAUGCUGGUGCUCACCGUCGGCUUCUUCGUGGCCGAGCUGGUGUCGGGCUACCUGGGCAACUCCAUCGCGCUGGUGUCCGACUCCUUCAACAUGCUCUCGGACCUCAUCUCCCUCUGUGUGGGCCUCUCCACGGGGCGCAUCGCCCGCCGCAGCCGCCGGGGCCCCCGGGCCACCUACGGCUACAGCCGCGCCGAAGCAGUGGGGGCCCUCAGCAACGCCGUCUUCCUCACCGCCCUCUGCUUCACCAUCUUCGUGGAGGCCAUCCUCCGCCUGGCCCGGCCCGAGCCCAUCGACGACGCCCAGCUGGUGCUCAUUGUCGGCACCCUCGGCCUCGCUGUCAACCUCGUGGGGCUCCUCGUCUUCCAGGACUGGGGCGCCUGCUGCCGCCACCAUCGUCGUCGCCGCCAGUCGCCCGCCCCAUCACCUGCUGCCACCGCGCUGCCAGCUGUGCCCAGCAGUGCCCCAACGGGGCAGGAGGAUGAAGCAGGUGAUUCACCAAAUGACCAAAAAAGCCCUGAAGAGGGGCCUGAGAAGAAAAAAGAGAAAAAAUCUGAAGCGUUGAACAUCAGAGGUGUUCUUUUGCAUGUUAUGGGAGAUGCACUUGGAUCUGUGGUUGUGGUAGUUGCCGCUACAAUCUUCCAGAUACUUCCUCUGGAGAAUGCUCCAUGUAAUUGGCAGUGCUACAUCGAUCCAAGCCUGACAAUAAUUAUGGUGUUCAUCAUCUUGUCUUCUGCAUUCCCGCUUAUCAAAGAGACCUCAACUAUUUUGUUGCAGAUGGUUCCCAAAGGUGUUAAUAUGCAACUACUGACUGACAGACUAGCUCGUGUACCAGGGGUUAGCAGCCUCCAUGAAGUGCAUGUUUGGGAGCUUGCAGGUGGGAAGAAUAUUGCUACUCUUCAUAUCAAGUGUCAAACCCCUGCUGAUUACCAAGAUGCUGCUUAUCAAAUACGGAAGGUUUUCCACGAAACAGGGAUCCAUUCUGUGACCAUCCAGCCUGAGUACGUUGACCACAAGACCUCCCAGCUACUGUGCAGCUCACCAUGCAUCUCAAAAGCUUGUGACUCUCAGCUGUGCUGCAGUCAGCGGGAGCACCCCCUGGCUAAAACUAAUGGCUACACUGAGAAAAAUGAUAGUUGCCUUUCUGCACAUCAUAAAGACAAUGGUUCAAGUAAAAAUGAUACUGAAAUCCCUAUCGAGUACCCACAGGCAGAGGAUGGCAUUCAAAAUGUGAAAAAUUAUGGUGUGUCUGAUGACAAAUCACAGUUGAGCAGUACACGACUUUAAGCAAUUCCCUCUGUGUAAUGUUUUCACAGAACAAACAUGUCCUGGCUGGGAAGGGGGUCAUCAGUGGCUGAAGCUGACGUUGGCGUGGCCAAAAGAUUUCUGUGCUUUAGCUGUAAACCAAAAUACACCUAAAAACCCCUUUUAUCUGAAAUAAGGAUUACUAUUUCCAUGAAGGGUGUUGCAUUCAUCUAAGAUUUUUCUGAUACAGCCUAACCCAGUUCCUUACCAAACUGUGUGUGAAUUUCUGUUGUAAGAGUGGAUGAGGUGUAUUGCUGUCUGCACUGAUGCUUCCAUUUAAUGGCGAGUGGCACUGGGAAUGCAACUCUGGCCUUUUCUGAUGAAGUGAGCUCUUUCCUGAAAGCCUUGUGGCCAGUUAACGAUUGUACUGGGCUGAAGUACUGUGUAUUUAUAAAGGCCUUCAGUAGAGAUGCUUUACUGAUCUUUAAAACCCAUUUUUCCAUAGACAGUUCAUUUUUAACAGUGAUGCUUGUGCUUGUGGCCAGUGGGGUUUGUGAAUGAAAUUUAGAGUGUCUAAGGGGGAAGGGAAGCGCUCAGGAAUUUUGAGUUGCAUUAUUUUCUUGAUUGACUCUUGUAUUUAGGGACAGAGCAGAAGCUGGUCUUGCUUCUCUACUAGUAAUACUGGAGUCCUAGCCUAAUCACAGAUAAGUAUGCUAAAGAAUAGCUUUCUUGUCAUGAUAGCAAAGAAAUACUUAUUAAUGUUGUCUGUACUGAAUCUAGCAAAUGGAAAUGCAGGCAGUCAUCCAGUUAACUUUUAUCUUGUUCGCUGUUGUGAUUGUACAACUCAGUCUCUUUUAUUAUUUUAUUUUCCUCCUGACAACAGAAGUUAUAAUAGCCACGGUCUUAAUUCAUCAUUGUGCGAGAUGAUUGCAGUAUCCUCUGUCAUUAUUCAUGCUGAAUAAAUAAGCUAAUAUGUUUAUUAUGAACAGUUAAAAUCCUGCAGUUAUAUUAUUAAGACACAAUUUAAUAUUGUAUUAAUUAAGAAGUCCCUUUAAAGUUUUAUAUGCAAUGUUAUCACAUGGAGGAAGCUUUAAAAACAAAACGAAAACCCAACACAGGUAAUUUUUCCUUGUUUAGUCCUGAUUAUUUCUUGCUGAUUUAUUGUAAAGGUCUAAGUCUUCCCCUCCUCCCUGCCCAUCCUCCCCAUGCCCAAUGGUGUAUUUCAAAGUGUAUGUAGUGAAGCAAUUCCUUUAUCUCUUUGCUGCUAUUUCUUUUUGAAAAGCAUGCAAGGGUGCUCUAAAGAAAACAAGAUGAUGUGCCCUGUCACCAGUGCUGGAUUUAGGUCAGGUCUGUUCUCCAAGUUUUUAGGAGAGGAAACCCACUAUCUGAUCCACAGGGUGUGUAGUUCUUAGCCUCAACAGCUAUACAGACCAGAUCCAGAAGCUUUCAAAUACAUUCUGCUGUCAAAAGCAGUCUUUCAAGAGUCUGUGUGGCCUGGGCUGGCUAUUUUAUUCAUCUGUUUAUGGGGACACCUCUAUAAAAUAGUGGUGUCUUUACCUCAGUGACACUUUACCAGAAAGGGAAAAUUGAUUUCCUGCCUGGGCUGGGAAAAUAGCAGGGCCGCCUUGUAAGGCUGGCUUGAAAGCAGCCAACUCCUUAUUAAUAAGGACAAUUACGUUAAGUCAAUGAAUAUUAAAACACACAGCAGGCUGUUUUGCUGGUUGGAAAAUUGUAUUUACUGAAGCAGUGAUUGCAGCCUAAAUAGCCCAUUUCUAGAUUUGUAGUUACCCCUUUUGAACAGAUUCUUGGGUGAAUUAAUAUAUUUUGUAGCCUUCCAUCUUAGGUUUGUUACAUAAAUAAGCUAUCUGUUAGUAUAAUCGAAAGCUUAAUCCUCCAGUCAGUUUCAUUCUGUUGGCAGCAGCAGACGUGAAAGCAGCAGGAUCUCACUUGGCAGUUAUUGCACGAAUUAGUGUAAAUCAGGAAACAUUGUAAGAAUUGCCCUGCCUCUUGAAAGCAUGUAGCAUAAAGGAAGACAGCCCUUUCUUCUGUUCUCUUUGUCCUUUUUUUCAUCUGAGGUGAUGUUUUACAUGUAAAUAACAAAUAUAUUUGUAGGUUUUUUUGAGAACUGGAAUAGAAAGCUCCCAAAAUAACAACAAAGUCUAUGGGAAAAUUUGCUUACCGGUUAUCCUCUAAAACAAGCACCCUUUCAUAGUUACGCAUUUGUGUCUUACAUCAGGUAAUCUUUUUAUACAUACAUUUUAUUAAAUGGCUGAAAGGUGGGAUGGCAGUAUUGUUUACUCUGGAAUUAGAGAACAUUAGUAUGUGUAGCAUUGGGGCAUUUGGCAAAAUGGACCAUCUUUUUCUUUAUCCUUCCAGUGUUUCUUAGAACUGUGGUUAUCUAUUUUUCUAAGGUUUUGAAAGUGUUGUAACAUGAAAAUAUAAUGAAGUAACACUCUUAAACUUCUUGUCUGGUUGAAUGUACUGUAAUUGUUGCCUGUGGAUAAAUAGGAGAAUACCAGGGAUUAUAGAAAUCUUUAGGUCUAGAAUACAAGCAGAUUUAAAAUUUGCUUUAUUACUUAAGCAAGCAAAACCAACAGAGCUGUAUUAUUGAUGAGGUGAAUCUGCAUUUUAUGUGUAGGGACUUUCAGGGUACGCAGCUAAGGUUUCUGACCCGGUAUCCUUGCCUUCCUUUGAGUCCUACAGCAACAUAUUUUUCUCCUCUGUUUUAAGUGGGGCACAACUAAGCGCUACUGGGUGGCCCCUCUCUACUUUUGUAGAAGACUUCAUUCCACUCAGUGUCUAUUUGGUAUUGGUUUAUCUCUCUUCAGUUCUUGGCAUAUCUCUUCUAAUUCUCUUGAAGUACGCUCACCUUGUUUUGAAAUGCAGUGUAUUUCAGUAUUUGGCCUUAUCUGUGGGCACUUGUUCUAAAUCCAGUUUUGUAGCAUAUUGCACUGUCAUUAAAAAUCCCUUCUCUGGCCUCUUUAGCUUAAUUGCUUUUCCCCCCUCCAAUUCAGUAAUGUAAAAUUUCUCAUGAUUGCAGAUUGAUUGUGCUACCCUGUCCUCUUCAAUUACUCCCUUCUGAUUGCACCAUUAUGGCAUUCAGUUUCUCUUGUGGUGGUUGCCCCCCAUCUGUCCAUCACUGUCCGUAGCAAAAGAAAUCUGCUUAAAAGACAGGUGAUUUUCAACCAGUUGUCCAGUUUAUGUGGCCCUCUGAUCCAUAACCAUUCAUACACGUGACAAAGUUGUAUGACGACUAAACAUUUGCUAGCCUUGGCAGAUAGUUUUGGAGCAAGAGGGAAAUCUGGAAUAAAUUAACAUGGCAUUGAAUGCAAAAGAAAUUUACUGGCCUUCAUCAGUUGUGGGCCUUUCUUUAAAGCAAAUUCAUGUUUUUGUCACCUUUUCAUAUGUUAUCCUUUAACCAAAUGCGUCAAUUUGAUAGUUAAUGUUCCCUUCUCCUGUAAGUCUCUAAAUGCAGAUCUUGCCUUUGCUCUUCUAUGUAAAGAAAAAUAACUGAUGCUAUUUUUAGGAGUGUUGCUUCUGUGUUACCAAGUUUUCAGUUGACUUCCUUCUCCUUGUGUUCUUCGAGAUACUUGUUUUGACUUGUACUGCCACUGCGGUUUUUUUCCUCUUAAUGUUUUUCUUAUUCUUUGUCUCAUCAAUAAAAGCAGUAUCAUUUUGCUAGCCUGGUCGUGCUGAUGUACCUGUAAUACAGUUUAGAAAUACCUCUUUUAUGCACUGGCUUAAUUUUUGCACUCGGCUUUAUUGAAAUUCACCUGCUUUCACUAUAUGAUACACUUUACCAUCGCAAAACACUUUUUGACCUUGUUUAGUUCUUUCUAUUCUUUCCCCCUCCCCUACCUGAUUAUAAUGCUUACCAUCCUGAAUGCUCCCUUUUGUCCUGAACUUUGAAGGGAAUAUGCCAGCAUCUGUAUUUUUCCAAAGUGAAGUUCAUCACUCAAGGUCUAUGGAUGGCUUGAUGUGAGUUACUCCAGGGACUGUUUUGUCUCCUGUGAUCCGUGUGGAAGUGUUGUCUAAGUAGUCUUCCUGACAUAUAAAUAUAUAUAUAUAUAUUUAUAUAUAUUUAAAUUCUUUAUAAACACUCCACCUGAACCAGCUUUUUAAAGAAAGUUGGUUUCUAAGCCUGAAAAGGUAUGAUGAAAUCACAAGGGUUCGUUAGUCAUUAACAUCUUUGGGGAAAUUUGGAUCACUAACUGGAAAGCAGACAAGAAGGACGUUUCUGAAAAGAUAAUCCAAACACUAUGAAGAUUUCCAUAGGUUCUACUACUUACUCUGCUGUACAGUGGAAGCACUUACUAUGCUAAAUACUGUAUUUAAACAGUGAUACCUUGGCAAAAGGAUAUCACUGUAUAAAGUUGUUACAUUUAUGGAGUUGUGUUGCUUAAACGUUUCCUUCAGUUUUUCUGUUCAUUAUGUGAUUUAAAUAAUGUGCCAAAAUGUAAUUUCCAUGGUUACUGAAUCAAUGAAUGGAAAAUCUCACUGUGGUUUUACUAACUAUUAGUGAAAAAUUACUUGAAGUUUUAUGUACAGUUAAAUUUUUUCAAAAUGAAGUUUGAAUGUCUUGU